AUGAAUAUCUAUGUGCUGCUCCUGUGCACAUGCGUGGCCCUAUUAAGCCGCUAUGCAGCCGCCGAAAGGAUGGAGGAUGCGUCAUUUAAACCUCCCUUCGAUAUCGUAGACCUCGAUGGCCGCCGCUUGGUCAACACCAGCUGGUUGCACGGUGGUCACGCGGACGUGAAGAAGCAUUUCAUCCGCCUAACGACUGACCGUCAGAGCAAACGCGGUUAUCUGUGGCAGAGGAACCCCGUGAACCGUGACGAACUAUCGGCUGUUCUGACGUUUCGUAUUUCGGGCCAGGGCAAACGCUGGUUUGGCGACGGCAUCGGUUUGUGGUUUACGGAUCAAAAGACGUUCACGCCCGGCAUUAACCACGGCUUUACAGAAAAGUACAAGGGUGUAGGUGUGGUCAUUGACACUUUCAACAACGGGGAGCACAAGGGUGGUCACAGGGACAUUAGUGUCUUUACGAACGAUGGCACAAAGAGCUACGAUCAGAUGUAUGACGAGAAACGCGUGGGCUGCAAUGCCGCUGUGCGCUAUCACGAGCAGAACGCCAACUUUGACCCAGUGCACAGCAUCUCGCGUAUCAAAGUGAGGAUUGACAAAACCCGACUUGUGGUGGAGGUGGACGAGCAUGCCUCGGGUCAGUGGAUUGAUUGCCAUGAGAUGACAUUACCGUUUAAUGCGGACUGGCUGCGAACGUCUACGAUCGGCAUCUCGGCCUCAACGGGUGCGGUAGCAGACAACCAUGACAUCAUUCGUUUUGACACGUACUCGGAGUUUAUGGACGCAACGAUCGGCGCGGUGGACUCAGAGACGGUGAUGAACUCGGUGUCCAAGGGCUACAAGAAAUGGUUGGACUCGCCCAGUUGUGGCACGGACUGUGUCAUUGCUAUUAUCAAGAAGGAGCUAUCGAACUUUCGCAUUGACGCAGAGCACCGCUUUACUGAGUUGAAAGAGAAGACAGAAAACACUGUCGAGAAGCUAAAGAAACAAGAAAGUGAGAAUGAGCGCCGUGUGCGUGAGAUUGAGGCCAAGGUGCGUAAUGGCAUUGACUCGUCGUUGGAGGAGACGAAGAAGGUGCUGGGAGAGGAGGUAAAUGAGAAGAUUACAAAGCAACUGGAGAAGAACCCGGACAUUGCCAGCGGUGGCUGGAAGACCCCAUUCGCGCUACUGUUUAUCGGUAUGGUUGCAGGCGCUGCGUAUGUGUACCGCAAGUACCAGGCCCUCAUGAAGUCACACUUGUUGUAG